GUUAAAUCUUUUGAAAGCAUUAUAUUUCAAAAAUGUUAAUCAUUUUGUUUUAUAAAUGAAAAGAAUCAUGACUUCAAAAAUUAGUGAUCAAGGAGAAGAAACCGACCACUCUUUGAAAUACAUAUUGAUAUCAACUACCGAGGAGGCAAUGGCAUUAUUCCAAAGAAUAGAAAAGAGCAAACAAUUUGUUGCAAUUGGUUUUGAUAUGGAGGCAGAUAAUAUAGGAGAUUUCAAGAAUGGAAAAAUUUCAAUUAUACAGAUAAAACUAAUGGAUGAACCAGCCUACAUAAUAGAUAUACAUGGAAGCCAGAUAGAUCUGAAGUGUACGAAGUUCAACGAAGUAAUGAAAUCGACAGAUAUUGAAACGAUCAUACAGGACCCUAGAAAUGACAGUAAAAUGCUAUACGAAAAGUACAGAACAGAGUUGAAGAACGUGUUUGACCCACAGUCCUUCCAAAUGACAGUUGAAAAUAAAUCCGAUCCGACUUUAACAACAAGAAGAUUGCAAGGCAAAAGAAAGUCUCUGGACUUUAUUUAUGAGACUUACGUCGGACCGUUUCCAAAUAAACACCUGAAAGAGGAUAUGAAAAAGCAGAUGAAGUCAAAAGAUCAAAGUCCGAAACUAUGGAUGAAACGACCUUUGACCAGAGAGAUGGCUUUGUAUGCAGCGACAGAUGUUGAGACACUUCUACCAAUACGUUCUAAGAUGGAAAAAUACCUUAGGCAAAUGGAAGAAACAAAAAGAAACGGGUUUGAGGAAACAUUUAAGGAACUGUGCAACGAAAGCAUUUAUACGACAGACCAUGCAGCAAAACGUAAAACUAUGAUGCGUAAAAAGGAGCGUGAAUACGAAGAAGCAACAUAUUUACAGGCAUCUGGCAUUUCCUUGUCUAAAGCAGAGUCUGAAAUAGUACAAAGUUUGAGGACACAGCGUUCGUCUUAUUCCUUUUCACCAACAAGACGUCGUAAACAAUCCACUCAUAGGCUAAGAGCAGCAAAAGAAAAGCAAAGGAAAACCACUGACCGAAAAAAUCAAGAUGUUAAAACGGAUCCAUGUCAAGCUGAAGGAAUCUCAUGCAAAAAUAACUCAGAGGACCAAAUAAAUGACGUAUCUGCUAUAGAAUCAGCAACAACGGACGAAGAAUCACAAGAGUUUCGAAGAUUUCAAAUGCCUAAUAGAUCUUCGUCUUCACCUUCGCGAGUAAUAAGAAGAAACUUAAAUAAAAUGUCUCUUGCAGACAUAAAAGGCAUCAAAACAAGUAAUAAAUAG